AUGGGCAUAUACUCCUUUGCCCCGAAUAUCUUACCCAUCCUCAACCUAUCCUUGCAGCGCUCCGCAGGAAAAGCAUUAGUCCUCCAUGUUGAUGCUACCAAGGACUCUAAGACUCAUUCGGGCUUUGCUGAAAUUGUGUCGCUCUUGAUGCAACAUAAGGCUAGAUUCCGUGAAGUCUCACUUCGCUGGGACCACACUUUCCCCUGGAAUGCCAAUCACUUCCUCGAACAGGGUCCUAUUUUUCCGCUUCUUAAACGCGUGCGGCUCAACUGUCGAAAUUCGACAGCUCCAUAUUGGUUUUGGGAGGGGAUCAGGUGUGCUCCUGUACUUGAGGCAGUCACUCUUUCCUCCUUAACUACCGCCGCACGUGAUAUUCUUGCCAAUUCGCAGAUCAGAUUAUUGGAGAUAGAGGACCUUGCCAUUUUCAAGAAGGGAUUCUAUGAUUUCCGCGAGUUUUUGUCGACCCUUCAUAGGAUCGAGACUAUGAGGAUAUGUGACUGUCGACACACUCAGUCCCUGGGGGCUCCUUUUAUGCGGCCACUGAAAAACGAAAGCCUUCGUACACUCGCCUUAAAGGACAUUGAGCCACCCUAUCAUUUUUUAUCUUCCCUCGAAUUGCCUUCUCUCGAAACACUGGUCUUGAUGGAGGAAGAGCCCGUAGAGAUGCCUCCACGACGCAUAGUGUCUGAUUUAUUUGCCACCCUCCAACAAUUUCCUUCACUACACCGCCUUUCUUUCCAUUUCCACCUCACACAAUAUCACGAUUCCACUCAACUUGUCAAACUGCUCCAUUGCCUUCCCAAUCUCACCACUCUUGAGGUGCGCGUUAAAGCAGUGGAUGAGAGUAGUUUUCGAAAAAAAUGUCCAACGGAAGGAAGUGACAGCUGCACUCUCAAUCUCCUUUUCACCUUGGCUUCGACCCCGAGCCUUGGCAGGAAGCUUAAGACCCUCUACCUGCAGGGCUCGACUGAGAAUCACUUUCUCGACGCGGGAUUACUGUAUCGUGUCGUUGAGGCUCUAGAAAUGAGGGUGGCAUUGUCCAAAGAAAGUCUGGACGGGGGUGUCGAGCCUGUAGCACAGUUAACCGACUUGCGCAUAUCCGAUUACGCUUGGGGAGGGAGAAAACUAGUUAAAACUCAGAUAGCGUAUCUGAACAAGAAGUUGGAGCAGCUGGAGGUUGAAGGGACGACGUGCGCUAUAGUCGUUGGCCAGACUCGGAGUUGCUCUCUGGGAAACAAGUCAUUGGUAUUAGAUUUACCUCCAACUCAGAAGGAAGAUAGUAUUGGUGGGUUCGCUCCGCUGGUGAAACACUACACUUUGAUAGUACGGUCGAGCAUCCCGGUAUUUGUAGUAAAUUAA